CGUGAGCCAGGUGGAGGAAAUGAAGGCGGGCUUGGUCGUGUCGGGGGCCGAGCGCACCAAGGCGACGAGGACGCUGCGCGAGUGGGCGGACAAGGGCCCCGCGUUCACGUGGAACGAUGAGACUGUCAAGACCAUGGUGGCUCUCAAAGCGCUCGGCGUGGCGUCGAUCAGGCGGGAGCUGUUCGACCAAGUGAAGACCGAUUACAAGCGCACGGCCACGAUCGGUAAGGAGUACGCGUGCUGCUACAAGAGUAUCAUGCCUUUGGUCCCAGACGCGGCGAGACCGUAUCUGUGCGAGGCCAAGGACCUGGAGGACUGGCCCGCGGGGGUGUGCGCCGAGUCUGUGUGGAUCUUCCGCCCAGGCUGUCCUAAGGACGGCGUCUUGAUCGACUACUUCUUCGUGAAAGCAGAGAUGGUCGCUACGCACCGCGUUCCCACAGGGUCCGCCAGCUCGGGGCUGCGCUUGGCGGACGGGGGCGUCGGCGGAGGCCCUGCCGCGGCGGCCGGGGGCGGGGCCGCGUCCGCGGGGCCGCCAGCGUCGCCAGCGGCUGCAGAGGGGGCGCACGCGGCGUGCGGGCCGCCUGCGCCUGCGGCGGCGGCGGCUGCGGACGCGCCAGGAGAGCCGCCCGCGCCGGGCGAGGGCGAGAGGACCGGCGACGCCCGGGCGCCGCGGGAGCUGUGGCGCCAGGACUCCGCGCCGGAGCGCGAGAACGUGUUUCGCGACAUCGCGAAUCACAUCAAGGAGUUCGUUCAGAAGCGAGCUUUCGCCAGCCCAGGGACCGGCGCGGGGAGCCCGCGUACCAUUCUCUUUUGGUCCCUCCGCUUCGUCGACUACGUUAAGUGUAAGGCCGUCCCAAGCGGCGAGACGUUCGACAGCGUGCUGGCGACGUACGACAAGAAACUGAUGAAUUGCGUCGUCCGAACUCUCCGCGACCACGUGCCCGAUUUCGCCACGCUCCUGCGCUUUAAACCCUUCCUGGAGCAGUUGUCGGAGAUCGACGUUCUGCCCCCUACGGGCAAGGCGCUCCUGUCUCUGGCGCAGGCGGACUUGUCUUCCCAGGACGACGUCGCGGUGGAGGUGAGUAUCGAGAACGCUCCGAAGUUCUUCUUCAGCGCGGCGCACCAGGCGUUCGAGAGGGCGCAAUUCGAGAAACAGUACGAGGCGGCGAAGGCGAGGGGAUCCGCGAGUCUGGCCGAUAGGUUGUCCGAGGCGAAGGCCUUGCUGGGCAAGGCCCGCGGGCUGCCAGACGGCCACGGGGAGGGGUACGUGCAGGAGCUCGAGUUCGCCGUCGCGCUGUUCGGGUGCAUGCCCGCUGCGGAGAAGGCAAAGCACAUCUUGAGCGAUGGGGUUGGCUGGCAGCGCUUCGACGAUUGGCAGAUGAAGGAGGUCCUCCCAGACGUCAGGGACUGCAGGCCGCUGCUGGAGUCCCCGCCCGACUUCCAGGCGAUGACCGUCUCCGCGUACACGGCCGCUGCGGACGCGGUGCUGAAGCAUGCCAGCCUGGUGGACGACGUGCCCGACGCGGCGACGAGGACCAUGCUCGUGCUGACGAAGCAGCUGCGCGACGCCAGCGAGGGCGCCCCGAGGGCUGCCGAGGUCGUCGAGGCAGUCGUCUUCGCCGUGGCCGUCGCGAAGUUCCACUUGAACGCCGCCGCCGCGGAGGCCCCUUCGAUGCCAAGUUUGGACGGCCUCACGUCCGCCGAGGAGGUGGCGCUGGCGACCGCGUGGGUCAAGCUGAAGACGGUCCGCAAGCUCGUCGAGAGUUCUGAGCGCGGCGCCGCCCUGAAGUCGGCGGUCAGCGGGAUCGAGCAGCGCCAGCAGGAGGCGCUGGCCAAGCGAGCGGCUGACGAGGAGGCGAAGCGGGCAGCCGAGCGCGCGUCGCUCCCAGGCGCGGCUUCGGCGGCCCCCGGGGCCGCCCCGCCCCCGAGCGCAGGAGCGGCCUCGGAGGCGGCCCCCGCUGCGGGCCCCGCAGCCGCAAUUUCAGUGGGCGACAAGGUGACGCUCACCGGCCUGACGAAGCUGAAAAAAGAAUACGAGCCGCACGAGCGUGUGGUGGACAAGGUUUCGGCGAAUGGGGAAAACAUCACCGUGCUGAUGCUGGCGGGGCCCCACAAGGACGAGAAGAAGGCGGUCAAGCGCCAGCAG